CUUUUAUUUUGCUGUCGGAAGCGCCUCGCUGGAUGGGAAACUCAGCACGAAUGGCGUUUGACUCUUGGGGACGGGAUGAGUCCCACGACACCAGCCGGACCGGUCGCGGGACGUCCGAGGUGCUGAAAUGAAAUCGACGACGCUCCGCCGGCUUUGUGCGCUGAGCCUCCUAAGCCUGGCGGUCUUGUUGUGGUUCGGACACGCGACGACCCGGCGCAACGGUACACCCAAGGCCCCCGGCGCAGACCGCAGGGGCGGACUCUGGGGGUACGUCAGAAUCCGGCCGGACCAGGUGGAACAGUUCCUGGACCUGCACUUCAACCAGUGCGCCUUGAUUUCCAGUUCGGGCCAGAUGCGCGGGUCCGGCCUGGGCGCCGAAAUCGACCGAAUCCCGUGCGUGAUCCGCAUGAACGACGCGCCGACGGCGGGCUACGAGGCCGACGUGGGCCACCGGACCGCCGUGCGCGUGGUCUCGCACACCAGCGUGCCGCGCCUGCUCAAGGAGCGGCGCCGCUACUUCCGAGAGGCGGCCGACACGACCUACGUGUUCUGGGGGCCCGACCGGAACAUGAGGACGGACGGGAAGGGCGCCGUCUUCGACGCGCUGCGCGGGAUCGCCCGCGAGUAUCCCGGCGCCAGACUCUACGCCAUGACCCGGGAGCGGGUCCAGUACUGCGACGACGUGUUUCAGAAUGAAACUGGGAAGAAUAGAAUAAAGUCGGGAGCGUACCUCAGCACGGGAUUCUUCGCCAUGACCCUGGCUAAGGAGAUGUGCGACAGCGUCCGCGUUUAUGGCAUGGUCAACGCCGACUACUGCAGACGGACCAAUCGCAGCGCGGCCCUCUACCACUACUACGACCGGGCGGCGGCGGACGAGUGCCUCGUGUACGAGCUCCACGAGCGCAAGCGGCGCGGCGGCCAUCGCUUCAUCACGGAGAAGCUCAUCUACGCCAAGUGGGCUGCGCGCCACAGGAUGGAGUUCAGGAACCCUUCGUGGAAUUUGGGACGGGGUCACUAGCGCUCUCGGAUUUCACUUUUUUUUUAA